ACCAUGCUUGAAUGGAGGUGACCUUAGUUACUAUCAAUUAGUAAAGCGAAGGUAUUUGGCGCCUGUCCCGCUUGGUUUACAUGCUGUGAACUGGUUUUGAGUAUUUGUGAAGACUUGAGCAGGACCAGCAGAGAUGGCGGAAGCUCAUCAGGCACGAGUUCAGAAUGUGGUCGAAGAAAUGGUGCAGGGUCUGGAGAGGGAUAACAUCCGUAUAAUGCAGGGUCGCAUGUUCAGGUGCAGUGCAGAGUGCUGUGAGCGCCCCUCGGACUCCAUGUCUCAGGUGCAUCAGUGCAUCGACAGGUGUCACACUCCUCUGGCCAGAGCUCAGGGACUUGUCACUUCAGAGCUGGAAAAGUUUCAGGACCGUCUCAGCAGAUGCACAAUGCACUGCAACGACAAGGCGAAGGAUCUUUUUGACUCUGGCGCCAAGGAGCCAGCCGUGAAGUCUCUGAUGGAGCGCUGUGUGGGUAGCUGUGUGGACGACCAUGUAAACCUGAUCCCCAGCAUGACCCGAAGACUCAAAGAUAAUUUGGACUCUAUACAGCAGUGAAAAGCAGGAUGGAUUACUGAAGUCUGUCCUGUAGACGGCCUCAUUACACACAUAUACACACACACACACACAGCAGUGCAGAGUACAUCAACUCAGCCAGUUUGACCAGUUACAACCGAAGUAGACAGAGCUGGAACACCAUGAAAGAAUAGAGGGUUUAAAAUGGAUAAUGUGACACUAAGGAUAGGCUGGAAGUUUUUGAUCUUGUUUUAUUUGUAUUGCUGCAACAAGAAAGAAAUCUAGUGAUGCAUCUUGUGUCAAGAUCCCGGCUCAAAGCUGCUUCGGAGACCUGUGUUAACUUUUUAAAAAUGAUAACUUAACUCAGUGCACAUCUGAGCAUCAUAUUUCAAACUACACAGUACACCGUUCAGUCGAAAGGAUUCAGAUUUGUUCAUGUGUACGUCCUGAACAUCCUGUUUAUUUGCAGGAUUUGAUAUUCAGCCAUUCUUAUUAUUAAUCUCUGAUGUCCUAUCAUUCAUCAAUCUUUUUUUUGUGUGUAAUUUUUGAGUUAUUCUGUGAAUGUUUGUAUCCGAAUAAAUAAUGAUAUCGAUGUAA